AUGAAACAUAACAAAGAAUAAUAAAUCAACAAAGACAAUUUGAAGAUAAUUCGAUAAUCUGAAUUAAUUCAAAAUACUGUUGUUUGGACAAAUAAAAAUUUGUUCCUUCAUUAUUGCUAAUCUUAGAAUUAUUAUUACACUAGAGACAUAAAUGAAAUUCUUGCUGAUGCUUCAUCAAAAGCUGUAAUCCGAUACAAAGAUUGGCAUGGAUAUGAUGAUGAUGUAAGUAUAUGAAUCAUUCUAAGGAUGAAUAUCUCAAAAGGUAUUAUUAUACAGACGAAUAUCCACAGAAGGUCCAGUUGUUAACUGAAUACUAUAAAGUAAAAUUAACCAUAUAAAAGAGUUUCAUACAGAUAUUGCCAGAUUAUACAUGGAACCAAUUGCGACAAUGCUUAACAAAUACUACGAUAAGAAACGAAAAUAUGAGUACUAUAGAAUUGCUCAUUUGAUUGAAGAGGAAAAUAAAAAAAAUCCAAAUAGACCUCCCAAAGGUAUAGUAGGAGAACAACCAUCUCCUGCUAAUUCUUAAGAAACCUAAAAAGAAGAAUAAUCACCUACAACAGCAAGAAGAAUCAGAAACAUUCAAAUUUUGAAAGACUUGAGUUGGUUAAAUAAAUCAAGAUUAUUUAAUAAAUAGAAAAUCGAUAUUUCUUGUACUCUACAAGAUAUUUGUAAAUAUCUGGGUAAUUAAGCUUUUGAAUAAUCUUCACUUUUCAUUUAACCAGGAAAAACAGAAGAAUUGAAAUUAAAUAAGUUUCUUACUUAUGUGAAUCAGUAAGUUAAGAAAACAUAGAUUAAAAAUGAUUCUUAACAUCAAAAACCUAAAAAGAAAUUGAGUUAACCAUAGGAAUAGUUAAUUUAAACUUUAAUACAAAAACAAUAAGAAGAAUCAAAAUCUAGGUUAGGUUCUUAACAUUCCAAAUAAAAUAAUGAGUUAUUACUUUAGAUGCAUAAAUUAUCUAAAGAUUUCAAUGUUAAUUUUGUUAGAAAUCAAGUAGAUUCUUUAUUUAAAAACAAACAGAGUAAUGAAAAUCCUUAAAGUCUUACAAGAGUAGAUCAAAAUGAAUAAAUUAAGUAAUCUGCAAAUCCAAAAUCUAAAACUAUUAUUUAACACUAACCUAAGAUCUCUACCUAACUUUUUCUAAAAGAAUUAAAGAAAAAUGUUCAAUCUAUACCAUAAUUACUAAACAAAUAUAAUACAAAUAAUAUACCAUCUCCUACAACUAAUUCUCAUAAUAAGAAUUCAAUAUCCAAUUAAUCAAAUAUAGGUAAUUUAAUUGAUUAAUAUAUAAGGCAAAUUAAAUUUAAAAUAAAUAUCUAAGAUAUUGAUUGAUGAAGAUCCUACUGAAUAAGAAGUUAAAUGGAAAAAUGGUUCUUAAACCCAUAGACCUCUUUCAGGAACUUAAAAUUUCUUUUCAAAUAGAAAUAGUCCAAUCAUAUCCAGAGUAAUAUAAAAUGAUCUGAAAAUAAAUAAAAAUAAAUAGACACCAACCCCAUCAUCAUAAUAAGCAAAUACAAAAAUAAAUAAAUAAUCAGGAUCUUAAACUAAUCGUAAAUCUUCUCAACCUAAUAUUCAUAUACGAUAUACAUCCAAUUAGGAUAAAAUUAUUAAUAUCAACAUUAACAUUAAUGAUAAUCCAGAACUAAAGAAAUGUAAUUAUUAUUAUUAAAUAUUUAUUAGAAUAAUAGUCAAAACAUAAAAAAAAUCAAUCUGAAGGAAAACCUCUCUAGUUAAAUACUAAUCUACCUGAUACUUAAUAAGAGUAUGUUUGCUUAACAGAUAGAGGUGGUGCUAGUGAAUUUCUAUUCAAAAAUAGUAUUGCUGCUUCUUGUCAAAAUUCACCAAAAACUUAAAAAAUUAAACGAGUUAGUAGUGGAACAACAACUUUAAAAUGUUCAAUGAGUACUAAAAACUCCUUAAUUUAAUAAAUGAUUUCUUAAGUAACCAAGCAAUAAUAAAAAUAAGAGGUUCUUACAUCUUAGUUUAGAAAACUUAAUUGA